UCCGCAGGGCCCGGCCCGGCCCGACCUCCGCGAGCUGCCGGCGGCGCUGCGUGCGGGACGUGCUGCGGCCGUGGCCCCGGCCCGUCGCCCUGGGGCUCGGCGUGGCGCUGUGCGCGGUGCCCGUCGCGCAGAAAUCGGACCCCCAGUCUCUCAGUAAUGACGCGCUGAUGCGGAGGGCCGUGUCUUUGGUGACGGACAGCACCUCCACCUUCCUCUCUCAGACCACGUACGCUCUCAUCGAAGCAGUCACGGAUUACACCAAGGCUGUCUAUACCCUCAUUUCUCUCUACCGGCAAUAUACAAGUUUGCUUGGGAAGAUGAACUCACAGGAAGAGGAUGAAGUGUGGCAGGUGAUCAUAGGAGCCAGAGUUGAGAUGACUUCAAAGCAACAGGAGUACUUGAAACUGGAGACCACUUGGAUGACUGCAGUGAGUCUGUCAGAGAUGGCAGCAGAAGCUGCCUACCAAACAGGAGCCGACCAGGCAUCCGUCGCCGCCAGGAGCCAUAUCCAGCUGGUGAAGUCUCAGGUGCAGGAGGUGCGCCAGCUCUCGCAGAAGGCCGAAACUAAGCUGGCUGAAGCCCAGACGGAAGAGCUUCGGCAGAAAGUCCAGGAAGACAUGGUGGAGCGGGCCGAGCCGGAGCACGACGCUUACCUGCGUGAGGACUGAGGGCCCAAGCGCCUUCCCCGUCUC